AUGUCUUUUCCACUCGAUCUCGGGACAGUGUUCCCGGUUCGUAGGGAGAUUCGGGAUUCAAUCCCCCCUUCACAGUGCUUAUCUGCACAACUUCCGAAUACAUCGGAAUUCCAUUUGAUCCACAUCAUCAGCAUUCGUUUGCACCUGGAUACCAUGACAACCAGUAAACAUCAGGACGCUAUGACGACACGGGGCGCAGCUCCAUGGGUCGCGUUCGGCAGCUGCCAGGAACGUCUCAUGUUUCCAACACACUUCGCGCGUGAUCGCAUGGGCAAUGAAAUGCUUGCGCUCUACGGUUCCAGUGAACUAGGACCCGGAUGUUACGACAACCACACGGUGGGCAGUCUUAUAUAUGAGCUCCAACACAGACCUGAGAGUAAGAGGGGAUAUGUUUUAGGGGCACGUACUGCACCACGCUUUCUGCCUCCAGUUAAGACGGCCACCCCUUCACCACAAAAAUACCAACAAGACUGGACUCGGUUUAAAGUGUGUCCACCUGGAAAAGCACCUUUCAAUAGUACCACUGUAAAAUUAAGACCCUCAAAUACGGACUCCGGCCCUGGUCCAGGGGCAUAUGUUCAUGACACCAUCCAAAGCAAAAAAGUGUUAUGGCCUAUGAAAUUCGGCUCUCCAGACUGGUCAAAAGUGCCAUCACUGGAGAAACGAGCACUGCGUACAGAGCUCAUCCAUGACAAAGAGUUUAGGAAACAGAGGAACAGGGUGGCAUAUCUAAGCUUGUUUUACUGAUGCUACUACAAAAAUGUAAUGUGAUUUUCAAUGUAUACAAACAUUAAAGCUUUAAAACACAAGUUUUCCCAUUUCCAUUUCAUAACAUGUCCAGUUUGAAACCAUGUUUUUGAGG